UCUCUCUUCUAUUUCACUUCUCUCGUUCUUCUCUCUUCUUCCUCUCUCUCGUUCUUCUCUCUUCUUCCUUCCCAACAUCGGCGACGACAACUGAAAUUAGGGUUCCCAUUAUCUGCCGCCGCCGACGACAACAACAACAACCAAGAGGCCCUAUAGUUACUCUCAACCAUCCACGUCCUAAACUAGUUGGAAUAGUGGAGAGGCGAAUGCCGAUGCAAAUUGGGGGGUUCCAGAAAAAUGUUUUUGUGGUAAGCCUGUAAAACUUGAAGUGUGCAAAACUGGUUACAGGCAAGGCGACAGAGUCUACAAAUGCCCAAUGCUUAAAGAUGAAGAGUACGAGUCCCGAAACCACCUUAUUCAGUGGUGGGAUCAGGCGGUAACUGAGGAGCUUGAGAAGGUAAAUCACAAACUUGAUUCCGCACUAAGACAUGGACAACUAGCAUGCAAUCAUGCUUUGGAGUCCAUCCGGGAAACUAUUCAACUCAUGCAAGGCGAAAUUGAAACCCUUAAAGAAAGGUUACUCGCCAAAGAAGUCGAGAUUGAUAGGCUUAGGGCAUUACUUUCUACAUGGUGAUUAUGAUGUGUUUUAUGUUAUUGAGGAUGGUGUAUGGCAUUUGAACCUAAUUAUGUUAUGUUUCUGGAUUUUAUGUAAUAUUUGAACCUAAUUAGACAUGUAUUUACCUAUUUUAUGUUAUGUGUAUUGACCGGCCAACA